GAUACUCAUACGACCUUGAUCAAUCUUCAAGCCUUACAUUCGGCCCCCGACAUGCAGAUCACCAACGCCAUCGUUCUAGCCGUCCUUACCGCCGGGAUCAUAGCGGCCCCGCUCACCCAUUACCCGGGCGACAAUCGCGUUGUGGACCCAUACAUGGCACAGCCCGAGGAAGGGAUGGGCAAUGGCGCUCAGGAUAACAGCUCGCAGCUCCAUUGUGAGUGCGAGCAUGACCUCAAGGAAAGUCCGUCAAACCCAACGACAUCCGCACAUCUCCCGCUGUCGUUUGGUGUGCUGCGCGACAUGCUCAUGGCGGAGAAGGUGGUCGAUGUGUUCGGGGAGGAGAUGGGCACAUCGUUUCUUCAAGGUUUACAUGCUGGCCAGAUGGCGGGUUCUACGCAACUGGAUUUUGAUCGGCCUCACCACAUCGAGCUGGUCAUGUUCGAACAAUAUCCUCAUCACCGAUUCAGGCAUCACAGACACCACAGUCGCUUUGGGCGACUGGGAUAUUUCGGACAUCAUCAUGAUCGCAGAGAGAGACUCUUGCGCCUGAUUAGGGCGCACUCCUUUUCAGAGCCCUCUCUGUCUGAGGAGACAGCGACAGCGAUACCUCCUUGGGACGAGGCCGCAACUGUCCACACGUCCGAGGAUGAGGCUGCUGCUGGGCAAAAUCCUGCAAAUGCAGCCGUCGAUGCUCCGCGUGGCAACCCCGCUGCCGAAACGGCUGUGUCGUUGGCUCCACGGGACAACACCGAGGCCCCGACCACGCAGCCGGUGGCCCCGCCGCCGUACACCCCGGUGGCCCCGCCGCCGUACACCCUGGUGGCCCCGCCGCCGUACACCCGGGUGGCCCCGCCGCCGUACACCCGGGUGGCCCCGCCGGCGUUCACCGCGCCGCGGUCCUCGCCUAGGCUCGUUUAUGGUCCCUCCCAUGGGGUCCCCAGCCACGACCCGCAGCACCAGACCUCGGCGCACCAGACCUCGGCGAGCAGCCUCCCGUGAGCCGGACUAGUGUAAAGACGCACAAGUGAGGUCAGGUAUGACCGUGCCGAUUCUUCACAUGCUGGAGACUCUGAAAUGUCGAUUGCCUGCGGCUCCUGGCACACUGUAUCUCUCGAGAAGGAUGGAUGAAUUCGGGCCAUGUGUUGAUAUCUUAGUUGUGAUCAAGUGCCGAGAUGUAUUAUUAACGAGUGAAGAUUAAUCUAUGAGUUUUC